CGGUGGGCGUGUCCAGCACCGACUGGGGAUCCCGGCAAGCAACAUGACUAAAAAGAAGCGGGAGAAUUUGGGUGUCGCUCUAGAGAUCGAUGGGCUAGAGGAGAAGCUGUCCCAGUGUCGGCGAGAUCUAGAGGAGGUGAACACCAGGCUCUACAGGGCAGAGCUGAGCCCAGAGGACAGGAGGUCUCUGGAGAAGGAGAAAAGCAGCCUGAUGAGCAGAGCUUCCAACUAUGAGAAGGAGCUGAAGUUGCUUCGGCAAGAGAACCGGAAGAACACGCUGCUCUCUGUGGCCAUCUUCCUCCUCCUGGCCCUGAUCUACGCUCACUGGACCAUGUGAGUUUCAGAUUCCCUCAGCUGGUCCCUGCUUGCUCUCAGCUCCCUGCUCAGGACCAAGCAUUCCCUUCAAGUUCAGAGGACCAAGGUGCCAGGCAUCCUUCUCCCCACACCACAUGCUCAAAGGAGACUCUUGCUGACCCAGCCCCUGUGGCCCUGGCCUGCUGUGGGGCUGGAUACCUAGAAGGACAUGCUUAGGUCUCCUGGAGCCAAAGGAAAGGCAAUAAAGAAUACCAGCCCUCCCGUCUGCUGAGUAAACAUUGCGGGAUGCUGCAGCUGAGGGGCAGCAGGGCAGUCUGGUAUCAAGGAAAAAGAGCUGUUCGUAAGUUCUUGGUGUCGAACUCAGAAGGGUAAAGGCAAACCUGGGAAGGCAAACAGACAUCAUGCUGCAUGCCCACUCCCUACCAAGUAAGCUGCAUGCCCUCCCAGUCAGUGCCGUGGCCUGUA